AUGGCUAGCGCCGGCAUGGACCGCCGCCGCAAGUUCGAUUUCCUGGACGCGGCCGCGGCCACCGCGGCGGCGGCGGAGGCAGCGCCGGUGCGGCUGGGUGGAGAGCUGGUGGACGUGGGCGCUGCGGCGCGACCUCUGCGGGGCCCGGGGCGGAUGGAGCCGGCGGAACGGAUGAGGGCGGCGGAAAGGUCCUUGAAGGCACUGCAAGGAACCUUGACUUCUUCAACCAAUGCUGAUGAUGCUGAGUCCAGAGUUCAUGUUUUUGCGGAAGCCUUGCCCGAAGAUGUGGCCAAGGUGGGUCCCAUGCACGUUGACGAUGGUGGCGCAUUGGUCAUGUCCUCUGUGCUGCUCAGUGAGGGAAAGCUGCAUUUGGUGCAGGAACGGCAGAGGUUUGGGGAACCUUUGGGAUCCUUAGAAGUGAAAGGCAAAUGUCGUGCUUUUGACUUGGACUGCGUGGUUUCUCUCCUCCUCAACGAAUCGAGACCAGAUGCUGAAGCGGCUGAAGUGUGGCAUGCAGCGGCCAUUUCCUACGGUGCUACUGGAGUGGGGAAGACCUUCUGGCAGCAAAAAUUGCAGCAUACUGUUGGACGGAAGUUGCUGAACAAGGAAUCACCCGAAGAACCGCUAGAGAUUUCCAUGGUGGAGGUGAUGGACACGUGUACGGAUCUGCUGGCGCCCCCUGAGUCGAGCAACGUGAAACUGCAGAGUGGUGCUGGGUCGCUGAUCUCGUGCCUGCCGUUUUACCCCAUCCACUCUGCCUCUGACCUCGACCGUCACCUCGCCACGGCCUCCGCCCAGCGUGCGUCGACAGCCACCGAGCAGAGCCCAAAGUCCUCGCGGACGCAUCUGGUGGUCGUGCUGCGAAGCCGGGGCUGUCAGGUGAUGCUGGUGGACCUUGCGGGAUCGGAACGCGCCAGCGACCGGCAGAAGCAUGGCACGAAGUUGUUGGAGGAGGCCAAGGCGAUCAACUGGUCCUUGGCAUGUUUGCACGAGUGCGUGCGAUGUGUGGCGGAAAAGGCGACAUGUCACGUGCCUCUGAGACGGACACCCAUCACCAGGCUCUUGGAAGGCGUGCUCAUUCCGCAAGGGCCGCAAGGCUCACGGGUCAUCUGGAUGGCACAUGUGCAUCCGUCCAGCCAACAGAUGGCUCAUUCACUACACACCUUCAUGGCUGGAGACAUUCUCAAGGCGGCCUUGGCGCAGCAACGCCGCAGCAAGACGUGGUCCGAAGUGCCGCCGAAGUCGUGGACCAAGGAGCAACUCAGCAGGUGGCUGGCCGACAGCUUCCCCAGCCUCCCUCCCGACGCUUUCGCCUGGGCUGACGGAGCAAGCUUCGCGCACGAGUGGGAGAGGGACCUCGUGGCGCGUUCGGAGCUGGCAGGGGCGUCCAAAGAUGAUGCCCUGAGGGCCUACAAGGAUUUUCAUAGGAUUUCCCAUGGAAACAACCCAGUUUGCAUCGUGGUUUCUCCAGUCCGCUGGGCUCGGCUCAAGCGGAUCUUCAGCAGCGCUUGGUUGCUGCCAGGUAGCUUGAAUCGAUCCAAAAUGGAAGUCCGCGCACCAGGCACGCCUCUGACAGCCCUGAACGUGCAGCCACGAGCGCAUGUGGGCAUCAGUGGCGUCACUGCCCCCAAGCUGAACGUGCAGGAUGAUCUCUUGGGUUCCAACACCUGGAUGUGCGCAGCUAUCAUCUUGGGGGCUGCGGUAGCCAUCAGGACGCUGGGACGUGGCGCCUUGGUCAAGGGACUGAAGCGCAAUCAGAGGAGCUCAAAACGGAUCUACAUGGGCGUCAAGGGAGGAAUGAGGAAUCCCUACUGGUACGGCGGAGAAGAAUCGCCUAGAGCGCCAAGUUGGCUUCCAGGAUAUGUACCAGAAGAGAAAGAUGGCGAGACACUGCCGAAGCCGGAUGAGGGUUCAGAGCCGCCGGCCUCGUUGCCGAAGUUCGUGAACUUGGAGUGGUGGCAGUCGCAGCCGGCCGCCAUCAAGACUCGUAGUCCGUCGUAUUGGAGACGUCUCUUCAACGACGCGGGGGAACGGCGCUUCGAGCGCUUCAAGCCCUACUCUCUGCCAGAGGCCAUCGACAUCAUUUUCGCUGGAUACGAGGGCGACUGGCACGACAAGGACGACACCUUCGAGCUGAAGCUUAAGAUGGCCUUGGACUCCAAGUACCCGGACCAGCAGAUCAGGACCAAGGUCCAACUGCCGAAUGGUCUUGGCAAAGAGCAGCGCGUGGCCGUCUUUUGCGCCCCAGAGCAGGAGAAAGAGAUGCUGGAUAUGGGAGCCAGCAUUGCCGGCAAGACACUUCAAGAUCAGAUUCAAGCAGAGGAGUUUGAGUUCGAUGUCUUGAUUACUAAGCCUGCCAGCAUGCCAGCCCUGGCAAAGCUCGGUAAAAUCUUGGGAAAGAGGCGCUUGAUGCCGUCUCCCAAGUCUGGCACCGUAGUGAGUGACAUUGAGGGAGCCAUCAAGGAGUGGAAGAAAGGAGGAACCCUCGAGCUCCGCAGUGGAGCGCGAAUGGUGAUCUCGGUGCCCUUUGGCAAACAGUCGCAGGGCAAGGAAAAGCCCGGGAAUCCAAGAGGUUGCUGGAGAAUCUUCGCAGCUUGCUGCAACAGUUGGCUGACAAAGCCCCGGAGGGAGCCAAGAAGCAGAAGGACUUUUUCUCCAAGAUGCACAUCCAGUCGCACGGUGGGCCGUCCAUCGUGAUUGAUAGCGCGGAAUGGCCCAGUCAUGGCUACGUGGCCCCAAAGCAAGAAGACAGCAACAUUCCAUUGGCCUUGCGGAUGGCUUGAGACGACCAUUUCUUCUGCGGC